AUGAGCACCCACGCUGCACCAUUCCUCAGCCCCCCAAGUACGCCACCCCUGUCCCUAGGGGCCCCGGCCACUGUUGCUCUGGCAGCUUCACACCCAGUCCCACUAAGGCUCACCUCCACGCAUGUGCGCGUUCCUGGGUCGGGCGGGGCCAGACCGUGGGCGGCCCCGCCCCCAUCAUCGCCCCGCCCCCUCGGUGUCCAGUCCUCUGCCGCCGCCCGCUUUCGUCUCCGCCGGGUGAAAACCUGGCCUCUCCAGGGACUCCACUGCGUGUUCCCUGCUGGCUUAAGGCCAGGAGGCCCCAUCCUGCAGGCAGAGCCGAUCCUGGGACCGACGGAGGGUCAGCUACCACAGCCCCUGUUGGACUCAGAGAAGAGGUCUCCCAGCUCCUUUUUCUGUGGGCAGCUCACGACACUCCAAAAACCUUUUCUAAGAAGUGCAGCCACUGGGAGCACUGCUAGCUGGUAG